AUGUUACUUCAGAUGUCAACCAUUCAUCAUCAACAACAGUCUGUUCUUAUCACUGGGGCAAAUCAGGGAAUAGGUUAUCAUACCGCACUUCAACUAUGUGCCAAGGGAUAUCGCGUUACCAUUGCAUGUCGUAAUAUUUAUAAGGCAAAAUAUGCUUGUUCGUCUAUUAUUAAACGAUUGGGUAAUAACGUGUUCAUUGAUUUCAUUGCCAUUGAUUUGAGUGAGCUGUCAUCAGUUUCGGAGAGUGUUAGUGUGAUUGCUGCUCAAAAGCGAUGUUAUGAUAUAAUCAUUUUAAAUGCUGCUGUGUUACUACCAAAAAUAUGUAAAACAAAGGAUGGAUUUGAUACUACAUUUCAGGUGAAUUAUUUGUCACAACUGUACCUGUUGAACGAAUUGAUAGGCGUCGCAACGCCGAAGAAAGGAGUCAAAAUUAUUGCACUUACGUCGAUUUUGUAUAAAUUUCUGUGUCCCAAAAUAUCUUCGAAACGUGAUCACUUGCAUAAAAUGUUUUCGCCGUCGAGUAGUACUUCUGGAUGGCUCAGCUAUGCUAGGUCAAAAUUAGCAACAGCAAUGUUGGCUUGCUAUCUUGAUCGUAUCGAGGGAAUCCAAGCAAUUGCUGUCCAUCCUGGUGCUGUAAAUACAUCACUUAGUAGCAACAUCUCGUCACGCAUGCGAAAAAUUUUAAAGACUAUACAUGCAUCUCGAUUUCUUUCUCGAGUUGAAGAUGCAGCACGAAAUGUAGUUGAAUGUGUUGAAAAAGGCCACUUGCCAAAUACUUUUCGGAACAAUACCGAUUACAAUGUCGUUCCGAAAAGGAUUUCGAGUGAACAAAAUGAAAUUAACUUGAUGAUUCUUAGCAAUGAAAUGAUUGCAAGUGCAAUUUCACAUUUCUGCCCCAAUCGUAUUCUUUAUAGCUAA